AUGGCUACAAAGAAUAUCUUUGGCUUCGUGCUUAUGAUCAUGUUUCUAUUGGGUUCCAGCUCCGCUAAAAUCUACAAAGUUGGAGGUUCCAAUUAUGGCUGGACGGUAAAGGACGACUCUUGGGCUGAACAUAAGGAAUUCCAUGUUGGAGAUUCACUAGUCUUCGAAUAUGAUCAGAACGUCAACGACGUCACUCAAGUUUCUAACGCUUUAGAGUACGAGUCAUGUGAUAAUUCUUCUCCUAGAGUUGUUUACAACACAGGACAUGAUGUCGUAACCUUCAAGGAACCAGGACAUUACUAUUUCAUGACCUCAAAUCAUAUUCAAUGCGUCUGGGGAAUGAAACUCGAUGUCCCAUCACCACCGAGGAAGAUCAAUGGCCCAUCACGUCCGAUUCCUCCACCACCAUCGAGCAAGAUACUUCCUUCUGCUGGAAGGAUUUACGAGGUCGGUGACUGA